AUGAAAAGAUCGGCUCCCCAACCAGACCGUCCCAUCUCCCCACCACCGGUCAAGCGGAAACUCGAAUCCACCACUACCAACAAAGCGGUUGCGAGCUUUUUCAAACCUGCCUCGCAGAAGGAACCCGAAAAGUUGACAUGGCGGACCGUCGAAAAGACCCUCAUCGUGGGUCGGUAUGAUGCAUCUAAUGUCCCGCCUCAGACUCGUACAUUACCGGUCAAAAUCGCUGCUUUCGACCUGGACGACACCCUGAUCGUUCCGAACACUGGGAACAGAUGGGCGCGGACACCGACCAGUUGGAGAUGGUGGGACCAAUCAAUCCCUGGCCGGUUGAGGUCACUCUACAAUGAGGGCUACCUCAUCAUCGUCCUCAGCAACCAGGGCAACGUCAGCCUCAAAGACAACCCGAAAACCCUUCAGAAGGAUACGGCCAGCCUCGCCAAUCUGAAAGCCCAGGUCUCCACCAUUUUCCGUCAGUUGGAUGUGCCCCUCAGUAUCUACGCUGCAACCGGUCAAGACCGAUACCGAAAACCUCGGACUGGUAUGUGGGAAGAAAUGCUCCAAAACUAUGAUCUGCACAUGGAAGGUGCCGUCGAUAUGGCCGCUUCAUUCUAUGUUGGCGAUGCUGCAGGCAGAGCAAAGACCGAUAAAAGACGAAAAGACCAUUCGACCUCGGACAGGGACCUGGCGGCGAACAUUGGCAUCAACUUCUACACCCCUGAAGAAUUCUUCCUCAACGCCACUGCAGAGCAGUAUGACCAUGUCUUCGAACCAACGAGGUAUAUCGAGAAUCGACAGUCCUCACAACUUCCAUCGGCUGGUCAGCAAACCGCUACGGUAUCUGCUCCAUUUACCAAAAACAGCCCCCAAGAGCUGGUCAUCUCCUGUGGCUCGCCAGGCGCUGGGAAAAGUACCUUCUAUUGGGACGUUCUGCAGCCACUGGGAUAUGAAAGAGUGAACCAAGACAUUCUCAAGACACGCGAGAAAUGUAUCAAGAAGGCAAAGGAGCUACUGGAUGCUGGCUUGUCUGUGGCUAUCGACAACACCAAUGCCGACGUCGAGACUCGAGCACACUGGGUCAGGCUUGCACGUGAAUACAACGUGCCUAUCCGAUGUGUUCAUUUCACAGCUCCCACCCGUCUAGCUGAGCAUAACGAUGCAGUUAGAGCCAUGAAUCCCGAUACGAUGAACCCUGAGAAGCGGACGCUUCUUCCCGGUAUUGCAUUCGCUUCGUUUGUCAAGCGGUAUCAAGAGCCCACAUUGGCAGAGGGAUUUCAAGAUAUCUACAAGGUCGAUUUCGAGUUCAAGGGCACCGAAGAGCAAAAGAAACUCUGGUCGCGAUACUGGGUUUCCAAGUUUUCCACUUAA